CAUCCAUCCGUCAAACUCAAGUCUGUCAAAGCAGUAAACAAGGAAACGCUAUUUAUUUGUUUUUCAACGAAUAUUUGUGAGAAAAUAAUCAAUAAAAUAUCUAAUAAACAUAACACAAGCUUCUUAACACCGCAUUAGAUGACACUGGGACGUAAAUACCAGCAAUCUUUCGGGAAUGCUGGGGACUCACGUAAGGUGUAUUCUAGCCAGUCGAAGGUCGGCAGUCUGUCUGGUUGCUCGUCUUCAAUAUCGCUCUGCGACAUGAUCGAGCCGCCAGACUACGAGGAGGUGUGCGACCGGCUGAUGGGCCCGCGCGACCCGCUCGCUUACCCGCCCAACGACAUCGAGCUCAGCUGUGUGCCGCGCCGCAUCAGGACUCGCCAGCACAUCCUGCCUGACGAGGACCUUACGAAAGCGCCGAUGUUCGUGCGCGACUGCCUGCGAUGCUACACUUCAGACUACACCGUAGUGGAGUACAAGUACAGAGCGUACUCGGGCUCGUCGUGCGGCCGGGAGCGGCUCGCGGAGAGGCUGGAGAAGCUGCAGGCGGGGCCGCGGCAUCAGUACGAGAUCGACGCUGAGCCGCACUCCACUUCCACUGAGGAGUUGGCGUCGCAGCAGUUCGAAUCACAAUCGCAACCGUCUAGUGGACGUCAGUCAGUGGCUUCAAUAUCCUCAUCAUCAUCUUGCAAUGAGACGCUCACCCCGCGCGGCUCCUGGGCGAGCCUGGACCUGCGCAGCUCCUCCUCCGACCCGCUACUGCCUGAUCUGUUCGAAAGGAAACCGCAGGAGCAGAUCGAUGCUAUUAAUGAGGCUAGGAGGCUGGAGAACCGUUACAAUGACCUGAUGGGGUUGUACACUCCUUAUCUGGAUGAGGAUGAGCCUGUGGAGCGGAGGCUGGCCGCCGAGAUGCCCUGCGAGAUCAUGGGCCACAGAAUCCUAGUUGUGUGCCAUCAGCUCAAGCUAGAGCUGGACGUGGAACCCCUCUUCGCCUCGAUGGCGCUGUACGACGCGCGUGAGAAGAAGAAGUUGUCAGAAAACUUCUACUUCAACCUGAACUCGGAGUGCACGCGUCAGAUGCUCGCCGGUCACGUGACGCACACUGACAUCUCCACGCUGAGUCGCAGUGCUGUGUUCGAUGUGCAGAAUCCGUCGCCUGAUGUUUUUCUCGUGGUGAGGGUCGAAAAGGUUCUCCAGGGCGAUGUGAACGAAUGCGUCGAGCCCUACAUCAGGGAUGACAAGAAUCGCGAGAAGGUCCGUGCGUGCGCGCAGGCGGCGUGCUCGCGCCUGGGGAGGUACCGCAUGCCGCUGGCCUGGAGCGCCGUGUCGCUGCUGCACAUCCUCAGCGGCUCCAACAGCCUCGAGCGCGAGCACGAACGCGACGCGCUCGCGCCCAACACCAACACCAACACUAACAGCCUCGACCGCAAGGCGUCGUCGUCGAGCCUGGAGCAGCUGCGGCGGCGCGCGGGCGAGGUGGGCGGCUCGCUGACGCGCAAGGGCUCGGUGGAGCGCCGCGCCGCGCCGCACGCGCCGCACGCGCCGCACGCGCCGGACGACCUGGCGGCCGCGCUCAUGGCCUUCAAGCCUAUUGUCAUCACCGUCACCAGCUUCUUUAAACAGGAAACAGACAAACUCCGCGACGAGGAUCUCUAUAAGUUCCUGGCUGAGAUCAAGAGACCCAGCUCAGCUCCCAAGAAGCUGAAGUGCAUCCCCGGCACACUGAAGAUCGAAGUGUCGCCGUGUCCUGACGAGAUCAAGAACGGUCUCACUCCGGAGUUGGCUAAACUGAAUCCUUAUGGAGAAGACAACCCGCGUCCGUGCAAGGAGGUGCUGCCGUUCCCGCUGCACGCCGCCGCCGCGCCGCACCUGCACUACCGCAACCUGCUCUACCUCUUCGUCAAGGACAUCAACCUGCAGGCCUACACCUCGCGCGCCGGCUCCGCCAGGAACAUCACCGUUCGAAUCCAACUGAAGUCGGGCGAGGACGAGGCGGCGGCGCUGCCGGCGAUAUUCGGUCGCAGCUCGUGUCCCGAGUUCACCACGGAGGCCUACACCACCGUGCUCUACCACAACAAAAACCCGUCGCUCUACGACGAGAUAAAGCUGAAGCUGCCGGCGGACCUCGGAGACCAGCAUCACCUCUUGUUCACGUUCCUGCACAUCUCUUGUCAAAGGAAACCCGUCGCGCCGGAACAGGAGAAGAACGUCGAAACGCCCAUAGGAUAUUCUUGGCUCCCCCUAUGCAGAAACGGCAAGCUAACAUGCGGCGACUUCAACCUGCCAGUGAUGCAGGAGGAGCCGCCUCCCAACUACUCGUACAUAUUCCCUGACGUCCAGCUGCCGGGCACCAAGUGGAUCGACAACCAUAAACCGAUAUUCAGCAUUACCUUGGACCCGCACACUACUGUGCAUCCGUUGGACGGUUAUAUAGAGAGGUUCGCCAUGGCGUGCGAGGCGGUGCAGGAGGGGAACAUCCCUGCAAGGAUAGGGUUGGCGAAUAUGGAGUCCGAGUUGCGCACCAGUAUAGCAGAGCUGCCGACAGCGAACGUGGAGGUGCUGGCGCGGUACCUGCCGGUGCUGCUGGACAAGCUGCUGCGCCUGCUGGUGGCGCCGCCGAGCCUGGCGCCCGGCGCCGGCGCCGCGGGGCCGCUCAACAUCGCGCAGGACGUCUUCACGUGUCUCGCGCAUAUAUUCACAGAGAUCACCAACAUGAACGAAGGCGCGACAUGCGACCCGCACGGCCGCAGCGGCCUGAUCUCCAGCUACAUCCAGUUCCAGUGCACCAUCCCGAGACCCUCACUCUCUGAUAGAGACAUUGGACUGCCGCUGCCGCCCACAGUGCUUACGGACGGAUCCUGCAAGAUCCUGCACGAGGAGCUGGCUCUACAGUGGGUGGUUGCAAGCGGUGCCACUAGAGACCUCGCCAUGCAGAACUCAUGGUCGCUGUUCGAGCUGAUGAUCAAGUCGAUGGUGGAGUACCUGUACUGGAGCGGCGCGCACGAGGCGCCGCGCAAGGCGCUCCCCGAGCAGUUCACCGACGACCUCACCACCCUCGUCAACAACGUCACCUCCGAGAUCAUCUCCGGGUACGGCAAGAACAGCCGUCUCACGCAGAGCCUGAACAACAGCCUGGCGUUCUUCCUGUUCGACUUGCUGAGCGUGAUGGACCGCGGCUACGUGUUCAACCUGAUCCGCAGUUACUACAAGCAGAUGAGUGCUAAGAUCGCGUCGCUGCCUGAUGCUGUGCCGCUUGUGCAUUACAAGUUGUCGUUCCUGCGCAUAAUCUGUUCGCACGAGCACUACGUGUCGCUGAACCUGCCGGCGGGCGGCGCGGCGUGCGGCGCGGUGUCGCCGGCGCCCUCCGCGCAGUCCGUGGCCUCCGCCUCCUCCUCCGGCGCGGCGCACGGCGCCCUCUCGCACGAGUUCCGCUCGCGACACUACCUCGCCGGACUGCUUCUCACUGAGCUUACCAACGCGCUCGAGUUGCAGAGUCCGCUGCUGCAGAGCGCGGCGGUGGGCGCGGUGUGUGCGCUGACGUGCGCGCACGACGCGGACCCGCGGCUGCAGGCGCCGGAGCUGCGCGCGCGCGUGGCGGCGCUGUACCUGCCGCUGCUGGCCGCCGCGCUCGACGCGCAGCCGCUGCUCUACCGACCCAGCGCUACUAAUGGUAAGCAGAACCAUACCUUGGAAAGUGAAAUGGGCCAGUUCGGUAGUUUCUACUCGUCGCCUACGUCGGAUGACUUUAAACAGAGUGGUCGCAGCGCACUGAACAGCGAGACGAGCCGCAACCUGGUGAUGUGUGCAGUGUGGGUGGCGCGCUGGAGCUCGCGCGCGUCCCUGGCGCAGCUGGCCGCCGAGCUGCCGGCGCCGAGACGAGCCGCCUUACUGGCUUCCCUGCUGGAUCUCGCCUUCCGCUGCCUCGAGUACAAGGGUCGUAAAGAGAUACUGAAGUGCGCACAACAGAACGUGCGCAAAACAACCGACAUCAAAGCAAAGCUGGAGGACGUCAUACUGGGACAGGGGUCCGCCCGCUCCGACUUCAUCAUGAGGCGCAAAGGCGGCGGGUCGUCGUCGGUGGGCGCGUGCAAGCGCGAGCGCUGGCGCAAGGAGUGGGUGCGCGGGCGCGAGGCGGCCACGCCGCCGGCGGCGCCGCUGCCGGACCUGUCGGCCGCGCUGGCCGCCGAGGCCGCGCUCACGCUGCUGCACACGCUCGAGACCAUCGUGCAGUCGUGCAGCAACUUGGAGUGUGGACAGAGUGUAUGCAGCGGCGCGUUGCAGGUGGUGUUGCGCGCUUUACAGCGCAACCAGAGCGUCACUGUGUUGCAACAUAUGUUCGCGACCGUGCGCACACUCAUCCUCAAGCUGGGCUGGUCGUGCUGCGGCGAGGAGUCGGGCACGUGCCGCGUGCUGCUGCGGCACUGCGCGGCGCUGGUGGCCGCGUGCGCGCACGCCGCCGCCGCGCUCUACGCGCUCAUGCGCCACCACUACCAGCUCGGCAACAACUUCAGCCGCGUGAAGAUGCAGGUGACCAUGUCGCUGUCGUCGCUGGUGGGCACGUCCACCACCUUCAGCGAAGAGUCGCUGCGGCGCGCCCUCAAGACCAUCCUGGUGUACGCCGAGCACGACGCCGAGCUGCAGGACACCAGCUUCCCGGAACAGGUGAAAGACCUUGUGUUCAACCUGCACAUGAUCCUGUCGGACACGGUGAAGAUGAAGGAGUUCCAGGAGGACCCCGAGAUGCUGCUGGACUUGAUGCAUCGCAUCGCGCGUGGGUAUCAGCAUAGUCCCGACCUACGACUCACGUGGCUCAAUAACAUGGCGCAGAAGCAUAUGGAGAGGUCGAACCACACGGAGGCGGGCAUGUGCCUGAUCCACGGCGCGGCGCUGGUGGCGGAGCAGCUGUGCGCGCGCGGCCGCGGCGCGGCGCUGCUGCAGCGCGUCACGCACAACGCGCUCGACGAGAGCUGCGCCGACGCGCUGCACCACCACCUCACGCACCACGAGCUGCAGGCGCUGCUGGAACAUGCAGCGAGCGAGCUGAUGACAGCCGGCAUGUACGAGACAGUGAACGAAGUGUACAAGGUCCUCAUACCCAUAGCGGAAGAGAACAGAGAUUACAAGAAACUGGCCAACAUUCACAGCAAGUUAAACGAAGCGUUCACUCGCAUCGAGCAGCUGCACGGCAAGCGCGUGUUCGGCACCUACUUCCGCGUGUCGUUCUACGGCGCGCGGUUCGGCGAUCUGGACGGCGAACAGUUCAUCUACAAGGAGCACGCGCUCACCAAGCUGCCGGAGAUAUUCAGCAGGCUCGAGAACUUCUACGGGGCUCGUUUCGGCGCCGACAACGUGGUGAUCAUCAAGGACUCGAACACGGUGGACGCGAGCACGCUGGACCCGGACAAGGCGUACAUACAGAUCACGUACGUCGAGCCGUACUUCGAGCCGCACGAGCUGCGCAAGCGCGUCACGCACUACGAACGGAAUUAUAACAUCAAGCGGUUCAUGUUCGCGACGCCGUUCACGGCGGACGGGCGCGCGCACGGCGACAUCGGCGAGCAGUGCAAGCGCAAGACGCUGCUCACCACCGCGCACCACUUCCCGUACGUCAAGACGCGCAUACAGGUGGUACAGAAGACACAAAUAAUCCUAUCACCGAUCGAAGUCGCCAUUGAGGAUAUACAGAAAAAGAUAAAUGAGCUGGCAGCGGCUACCAGCCAGGAGCCGGCCGACCCGAAGAUGCUGCAGAUGGUGGUCCAAGGAUGCAUCGGCACCACCGUCAACCAAGGACCGCUGGAAUUGGCUCAGGUGUUUUUAGCUCCUGUGGCCGAGGGCACGCAACCACCCACGAGGUUAACUAACAAACUGCGACUCGCGUUCAAAGACUUCUCUAAGAAAUGCCAGGACGCGUUAAAGAAGAACAAGAACCUGAUCGGCAGCGACCAGCGCGAGUACCAGCGCGAGCUCGAGCGCAACCUGCAACGGUUCUCCGAACGGCUCGCGCCGCUCAUACAGGCCACGCCCUCGCACGUCGCGCAGCUCAGCAACGGCCUGAGCAAGCACGACUACAAGUAUCAAGCGUAGAGCGACCUGCCACCAGCGACCACAUACCACCGUAUACCACUUAUGUACACGAAGGCGCGUCACAUUCAAGUCCCACUCAUUUCACUACUGCUGGGAACGAGCCUCAACUACUAGUGGAUCAUGAGCCAUGCUUGUAGUUAAUUUUCAAAGCACAUAGAUAUAUGUUCCGUGGUAUGUAGGUUCAGUUAUAGAUAAAUAGUUCUUCAACAGAGGCAUCAUUCUCUAUGACAGUGUGAAUUCUUAACGUGGCUGUAUAGUCUUGAUUAGCUUGGAAUGGUAUACAAUAUGCCCAUUUCAAUAGUCAUAAACAUAUGAGUUUGUAAUGUGUUUGUUAUGGACUGUAGCAUGGCAUAUAGAGUUAGCAUCCACUACGAAUUGGUAAAUUUUUAAAGAACUGUUCCCUUGUAGAAUUAAGACAAUCUUUACGUUUUAGGAUCUACGGGCAUUGAAAAAUAACUUCUUGUUUAAUUAUUCGGAUAUAGAUACAAUAUAAAAAUAGUAUAAUAUUCGAAUAAUAUAAAGCAGAAGUUUGAACAUAAAAUCCUAUAAGGUUGUGUAUCCAUUAGUUUAGACUAUCGAUUUUGAUGUGGCUUUCAUUCUUCGAUUUUUAUUAUCUUCUUAAUUCUUUAAGGUAAGUGUAAAAUACGUUAAUAUUUCGCCCGUAGUAAUUUACAGUAUAAUGAGUGUGGCGCGUUUUAUCAUCGUUUUCAAUAAAUGGUCUCAAAUCCUUUUUUUCAUUCAUCGCUUCAUUAUUCAUGGUUUCUUUUCGGAAUGGGAUCGAAAAUUAUGAUUGAGGUUUAUUGAAAACGAAAAAGAAUAUCGACACCGAUUCUUCUGUACCUCAAAAGCGAAGAAAAUUAUACGCCAAAGAAAUUUUAAAGAUUAGGCGAAGAUACUAAUCUGGAAAAGUUUAACAUUCGGAUUUAUUUAGGGUUCUAUUUUAACUUAAUAUUUUAAAAAAAAUGCUUUAGAAUAUUCUAGCAAUAUGUUUAAUCAAUGUAAAGUGAUUUACAAUUCACGAUACAAAUUUGUUCAAGAGUUGCAUUUAUAUAGCUUCUUUUGUUUCUAGCAAUUUUGAUGUUUUCGGAAGGAAAGUUAUUAUAUUUAUUGAGUAGAUGGCAAGUAACAAGCUGUAGUGGCAGUUGACCCAUCGCAAAAACCUGUUAUAAUAUGAUCGUGGUAAGAUAUCUUUUUUAUUUAUUUAUUUAUCUUUUAUAUCCGCCCGCAUAGCGACCACCGUACACUAGGUGUUACAUCCCGCCAUAGUGGCCCACGUAAGUGUGUCGCGUUCCGGAAUCAGCUUGUGUAUAUUCGGUUCCAACAGGCCGGCAUAAUUGUGUCGACUGCCGAGGGAUAAUCAGCUCUCGUCAGUCGACUUUCUGUUGAACCUCACUCCACUUACCAUCAGGUGCAGUGUUUGUAUAUAAAAAAUUAUAUAAUUGUUCGCAAGAUUCUGUACUUUUAGUCAUAAAUUAAAAAACUUUAACUAUCAAAACAAAACCUUCCCAAAUAAGUAAACAAGAAACAAACAUACUGUGGAUAUAAUAAUUUUGUUUGGGGAUCUUGCCACUGCAGUUGCUAAGACGUCGAAUAGACAUUUGUAAUGUAUUUUAUAAUUUUAGAUAAUAUUCUUAUGAAUGCUUAUAAUUUAUUUAGGGACCACGAAAUAAACUAGAUGUUAUCUCUGUUCCGCAACGGCUGUGCCGAUUUAGAACUUCUAUAAUCAAAUCUCUAUAUUUUGCAGUCAAGGCAUUUGUGGCAAAAAGAACUACCCAAAUAUUUUACUAUUUAUUGUCGUAUUUUGUAUAUUUUGGUAUAUUAGCCUUUUAAGCUGGCUUGCACAACCUCUCACAAAUAUGAAUAACACUAAAUAUGUUUUAAUCAUAUUGUUGUCUUCGUCAACUCUUAAUGUAUGACAGUGACAGCACGAAGUUUUAAAUGUUUAGCGCAAAACAUAUUUAGUAAGUCGUUGUGCAAUCCAGCCUUAAUGUAAUAAGUGACUAUUCAUGCAAUAAAAAUUUAAUCAGUGCAAUUAGUUCAAGUUUCUGAUCAUUCCAACUCAAACCUUACAUUUGAUUAUAAAUUAAAAUUUUCUAUAACUCAAUAUAAUCAGUAUUCUUUUAUAUUCAUAAGUGUGUUUGUGUUGAAUGUGUAGGAUUUUGUCGCUCAUGAUGGGCAGUAUUUUUUUUACAUUUAAACUAGAAUAGUCUUAUAAACAUCUUUUGUCGCAUUAUAGGAAUAAAAUGAGAUGUAUUUAAUAUUACUACCACCUUAGGCCACAGUUCAUGGCAAAAUUCUAAAAUUUAAAGGCCAUAUCUGCCUUGUCACAACGCUAUUUUUCAAAUAGUGUAAUGUGACUAACGGCUGGCUGAUAAUAUAAUUUUAAUAAUCGGGCGAACUUAAAAAUACAGAUCCAUGGAGUUAAUAUGUACUACGUACACCUGGAGAGCUGACUGAUGCCGGAAAAACGGUCUCGAAAGAGAAUACUUUUUGGUAGCUGUGUCCUUGUCUAAUAUGGUGACAAUGAAACAUUAAAAUAUAGGACAAAAUUAUUUAUUGUUAUAUAGAUUAGACUUACCGUUUUAAUUAUAAAUGCGAUAAAAUUUGCUAUUGAGUAUUUCCGUAGGUAGAGGCCCAGGUAUAACGUGUAUAUUAAUAGUAUUAACUUAGUGCAAAGAGUUUUUUUUUUUUUUCUAUUUUUAAUUAGGGGCUUUUAUCCAAAGGUGGCAUGUCAGUCCCAUCGUAUGUGCAAAGAGUUACAGAGUAGCGCUCAAUUUUGCGGCAGCGCAACAUACACGACGGGUCGUCCACAGGACCGGUGAAACAAGACAAGUAGCAGUAGAAAAUACGGAAGCUUUUUAUCUAUAAAAGAUUUCUAAAUCUGUAACCAAUAUUUUAGGAAAUAAAACACAAUGGGUAACCAAUAUAUAAUAUUUAUUGCUUGAUUCUUCUUUUUUGUUUUUUUUAUUGGGCGGUUCACCAGAAAUUUCUACAUCAUCCUGUUUACUAGAAGGUCCUCUUCGUUCAUAAGAAGUUCCUACUACUGUGAUAUGACUAGAAGAUGAAGUAUGUA